UGUAGAAUAUGAACUCACGAAAAGCUCUUCAGAUGAAACGGACAGUGAUAGUGGGUGUUCCAUUCCUACUACAGACAGCAGGAGUGAACUCACACUCUCCGACAACGAAUACAGUUCUUUGGAAUGCAAAGAGCACACAUCAUUCCUAUUUGACUUGAUGGGUCACAGCCCUCAAUCAAAACCUUCGUGUGACAGCAACGAUUGGUCUGAGCGUUACUUCCAAACGCUUCAGCCCGCUGUAGCAGAAUAUUCCAUAAACCGAACAGAAUUGGAGACAGAACCAAGAUCGCCUCCACUCACAACAUUUGAACUCGAUGCGACACGGAUUAGCUCCCUAAGCGACACCCAUAUUUGCAUCGACUGUGGUAAGCGUUAUAGCACUUCGAGUAACCUGGCACGCCAUCGCCAAACGCACCGAAGCGUCAGUGACAAGAAAGCACGGAAAUGUCCUCACUGUGAAAAAGUAUACGUCUCCAUGCCAGCGUACAGCAUGCACGUGCGCACGCAUACGCAGGGUUGCGCAUGCCCGUACUGUGGGAAGCGGUUCAGCCGACCGUGGUUGUUACAAGGACAUAUCCGAACACACACCGGGGAGAAACCGUUUUCCUGUCCCAAGUGCGGAAAAGCCUUUGCCGAUAAGUCCAACUUGAGAGCCCACAUCCAGACACAUUCGACGGAGAAGCCAUACGUCUGUGGCCGAUGUGGCAAAGCUUUCGCUCUCAAGAGUUAUUUAUACAAACACGAGGAAUCUUCGUGUAUGCGGGGACAGAGAUAUCGACAUUGAUUUCAAACAUCAAGCAUAAAAUAAAAUAAAUAAAACAAAACAAAAAAAAUAUUUAAAAAACAACAAAGAACUGUAAUAACAACAACAGCAGGAACAACAUCAGCAUCGUCAUCAACAACAACAACAACAACAAUAAUUUAUAAAGAAAAAUAACAAGUCAGAAGUUGUAUCGUGUCCAGAAAAAAGAAGAGAAAACGAAAGAAGUCUCACACACACACACACAUUAGUAUUUCUGCCAUUAAACGAUAAUUUCGUAUAUAAUAAAAGAAGUUAUUUUGCAGAAUGAAACUUCACUAACAAGAACAUCAGCAAUAAAACCCAACAACAACAACAACAAAACGUCCGUCCAUAACUGUGCCAAAUCUUCCUUAAAAAGUUUUUUACAGUGGGAGCAUUCUAGACUCCUGGCCAAUCUCCAUCACAGAAACAGCUGUUACAGUAGUAGUAUAGUAGCAGUUGCUGUUGUUGUUGUUAUUAUUAUUAUUGUCAUUAUUAUUAUUACUAUUAUCACUUUCAUCAUUGCCUUUUCUUUACUAUCCAUAUUAUUAUUAUUAUUAUCAUUAUUAUUAUCAUUAUCAUUAUCAUUAUUAUUAUUAUUAUUAUUUGAUUAAGGUGUUGCUUUUGUUCUUGACCCUUUAAGCAACAUCAACAACAACAUAAAGAACAAUAGCAACAAGAAUAAGAACAUUAAUAACAAUCUUUAUUCUUUAUUUUUAUUCAACAUAAGCAACAACUACUACAACAACAACAGCAACAUGACAAAACAGACCAACGAGAACACUCCAAAUACAGCCAAGUUAUCGAGGAAACAAGGAGGAAAAAGGAAUCUCCAUCUUUGCCAAAAGGAGGAAUUCCGUUCCACCAGACCAUUCGCACCAUUCACAUGCGAAAUUCCGUCCACCCAUAUACUAACUGUCAAAUUCCGUCCAUCAAGCUGCUAACAGUCAAAUGCUGUCCAUCCAACAAUUAACUGUCAAGUUCCGUCCACCCAUAUAUUAACUGUCAAAUUGCGUCCAUCAAACUUCCAACAGUCAAAUUUUGUCCAUUGAACAAUUAACGAUCAAAUUCUGUCCACCCAUAUAUUAACUGCCAAAUUUUGUCCAUCAACAUAAAGAACUAAUUCCAUCCAUCAAUCUACUUAGAGCCAGAUUCUGUCCAUCGAACAAUUAACUGUCAAAUUUUGUCCAUCCAUAUAUUUACCGUCAAAUUCUUUUAACCCACAGAGCAACUUUUAAAUUAUGUCCACCCAACAUGCCUUAAAUGUAAAAAUUUGUGUCUAUUUAUACAUCUAUUUACAGCCAAAUUUUGCUAAAUCAUCCAUGUAUGAACUCUUAAAUUCUGUCCAUCCUUAUUGUUUACUGUCAAAUUCCAUCCAUCCAUACAUUUUACUGUCAAAUUCCACCUGUUCGUGAAUUUUACUGUCAAAUUCUGUCCAUUCAUAUUUUUUACUGUCUAAUUCUGUCCAUCCAUAUAUUUUGCUGUCAAAUUCCACCCAUUCAUACACAACUGUUGAAUUCCAAGUGCCCAUAUGUUAAUUAUCAAAUGUCCAACUAUGAAAGGUUCUAUCUAUUUAUCCAUCCAUAAGCUUGACUUUGUUUUAAUUUAUAUAAUUGUUUUUCUGUUAGUUUAUCUGCCUCUCCUUUUCUCUCAAAAUUUCACUUAAAUUCUUUCUAUUUGUCUUCUUUUGUGUCUGUCCACUGCUAUAUAUAUAUAUAUAUAUAUAUAUAUAUAUAUAUAUAAACUAUUGACCAAUCUGAUUACAGAGUUUGACUGUUUAAAUGGAUAUUUUCACUCCAUACGUGACAAUGUUGACAUGGAAAAAAGAUCAGGAAUGAGUGUGGAAACUUUGACCAAGCAUUUUACUAAAAGACCAGAUCAUGACAUACGGUUCCAUAUAGAGAGUGACGAAACUAAAAUUAUUAUUCCUCCACUAAGUAUACAAUCGUAUAUCACAUCUGAUUUGUUGAUCAGUGCAUCCAUUAUCGAUUUAAUAACCAAUCAUAUAUAUAAAUAGGGAGAGAGACCAACAAUAUAAUGUUUAAUGGUGACAUCGUACAGUAAGACGAAAUAAUUACUGUGACAUUACAAGUUGACCUAUUGACUAAAUUUACAGUCAUUUCGGACUAUGUUUGCAUGACGGGCAGUGACGGCUUCUUUGUCAUUAGAUCUGUUACUCAAUUCAUUUGACAGUGUCUGAGAACAUUUUGGAGAUAUCUGACAGAAAAUAUGGCUUGUCUUAUUAUAUAAUUGACAUAUGUUUGACAUCUUUGACAUUUUUGAAUAUUUGUCGUGCAUGUUUGACAAAAGAAAUUUUUUUAUGUUUGACACUAGUUGACGUCGUUUGAUUUGCUAUUUACAUAUAUUGAAACAAGGAAUUAGAUACCACACUAAUUCAAUAUAUUGGCAAUCAAAUCUUGGGGACACAAACAUCGCUGAUUUUAGAAAUAAAAACAGAUAGAAAUCUGUAUUAAACUUGGGAGUUAAAGCAAUUAACCAAUGUUAAUCCCCAAAACCUAAUACAGUAAUACACACUAAACAAGCAAUAGGUAUAAAUGCAUACAUUUAUGCAUGUAUAUAUAUAAUAUAAACUCAUUAGUGAUUUAGUUAAUCUCUUUUCAAAAAAUGUAUUGCUUCCAAGCUAGUUUUACCAAUAAGCCCACGUCGUUGUUACACUUGGCUUUGACAUAUUUCUGCUGUUGAGUGUGUCAAUGUGCUAGUAUAUAUAUAAGAUAGACAAACGUAGAAGGAGGGACAGAACACACUGACGGUUGACAUUGACACAGUUGAAGUUCAGUUUCCUUUUCUUGUGGACAUUAUUCUUAAUAUUGACGUUGCUGUUGAUUGACUGCUGUUGGAGUCAGUGCUUUGUCAAUUCCUGUUAUCUUUGUCAAAGUUCAAUAUUAUAUUUUAAUAAACAAAACAUGUUUUUGUAUUAUUUUUAUUUUUAUUUUUAUUUUUAUUAUUAUUAUUAUUAUUAUUAUUAUUAUUAUUGUUAUUACUACUAUUUCAUCAUAAGAGCAUGUUCAUUUUUUUUUACUGGAAUUUUGACUUCCUUAUAUUUACGGUUCCUUUUUUUGGUUGUAUGGACCAAGAUAACUUUCUGUCCACUUAUAUACAUACAUAUAUAUUUUUUUUCAACUUAUUUUUUUUAUACUUUUGCUAGAAUAUUUAAAAUAAGAAAAAAAAAUUCUCUCU